GUUCACCACUUUCACAUUCAGUCAACCUGUUAGUAGAAAAUGCCAGAUCAACGGACUCCGGCAUUAUCUUUAGUGGCACUGCCAGAGUUUUCACCAGCAAUUUUGCUUGCUGGGUCCCUGGUUAUUGCUCUGCUUGUAAUUGCCUUUGCUGUAUCCAUAACUCGAUCGAGGUCAUCGAAAAGGGGGAACCUCAUACUGCUAGCGGGAAAUGAAGACGCCGGCAAGAGUGCUGUUUUAUCAACGAUAGUUUACGAACGCACACUUCCGUCACAUACGUCGUUCCAAGUCAAUAGCUCGCUCAUACCAGAAUCGUUCUUAUCAAAGAAGCAAUUGCAAAUAGUUGAUAUCCCUGGACAUCCUCGUCUGCGAGAAUCUUUCAAGACGUAUGUUCCUGACGCUAAGGCAGUCGUGUUCGUCGUCGAUGCAAGCGCCAUCACAAGAAAUGGGCGUGAAGUGGCUGAACAUCUGCACCACGUCCUCCACGCAAUCAUCUCUCUCCCACCAAGUCACUCGCUUCCCUCUCUCCUCAUCCUCGCACACAAAACCGACUUACUCACCUCAAGUUCAACACAAGACCGCUCUUCACUCGCUAUCUCCCGAGUCCGUACCGUCCUCGAACGCGAACUCGAGAAACGCCGUUCGGUCGCAGCAGGCGGCGUCGGCGUCGAAGAUCUCGGUGCAGAAGGCGAAGGUACUGAGAUGGGUGGACUGGAGUGUGGUGGAAGUGGAGUAUUCCGUUUUGCUGAAUGGGAAGGAGGUGAAGUUGGGUUUGCCGCAUCGUAUGUGAAGGUUGGUGAACAUGUAAACCAAGAGAAGGCGGGUGAGAAAGGUGGUGAUGCAUCUGUUGGAUUGGAUGCACUUAGAAAUUGGCUUGAAGAUCUUCCAUGAUACCACACCUGAUUCAAUUCGUAUUUUGUACUGUAAAUUCUAAUGCUCUAAUCAUCU